AGCAACAGUAGUACUAGUUCUUGUUUGAAGUAAACACUUUACCGCACACAAAUGGCUACAAUGCUAGAUGUUCACUUUUAAAAAGCACAAAGAUUGUUUUUAAAAUACAAACUAAGUAAGAAAAUUCAAGUACAGUAAUAUCAGAUGGGGUUUUAAUUUGACGUCACGUAAGGUCGCGCUAGCCCAAUUCAAAUGUGUGCAAUUAUUAGUCUACGCUACAUCUUCUUAUCAAUAUUAACACUAAACUAAAUAACAACAUUACAAUUACAUCAUUUAUGACCGUGAAUUGACAACAAUGGGGCAAAACCCCCGAAGCUUGGCGACGGCUAAACACCGAAACAAGCUAAUAGCCUCGCUAGCUAGCAAAAGCUGACAUCCGUCUUACCAUCUUCAGAAUGUCUUCUUCUCAGGCAGCGGGUUUUAGAUUAUACGAUGAAAUUUGACGUUUAUGUGUGGUUAAAAUAUAUGUAUAUAGAUAUAUAUCUUUGGAGGGAACUUCUUCAGCUCUUUUCUUCUUUUUCCUUGACACAGGAACAAAAAUAUGUUGCUCGGUCAACCCACCAUUUGGGUCCAAUCGGCUCCUUCUCAACGUGAUGCGUCGUUUGAAUUCAGCCAAUCACGAUGGAAGGUUUUGUUGCGUCAUCAACUGGAGCCCAAACAGCCACUUGGCUCGGUUUAUUAUACUUGAUGGUGACUAACGCUUUUCGGCUAUUGGUCAGUUUGAAAAAAUGGUGUCCAUGUAUAAGCCUGGACAAAAAUGUCACAAAACCAAUAAGAAUAAAAAAGUAACAUGCAUCAGACACAUCCAAGAUCGCAGGGGUUAAAAUAUAAAAUAGAAUAUACGUUUAUGCCAAAAAUUAAACACAACAUUAAGAAAGUUAAUUAACGAAAAACUGAAUCAACGUUCAACAAUUAAUUCAUUCCUAUUUUUUAAUCGACUUUACAACUGUUAAAUUUCCCCAUUAAAAAAAACCUUAAGCACUAGAGGGCGCUCCAAGACAGCGUCAAAAUCUGGCCAAAGCGCAUCUCACCAAAAUGAUAACACGCAUAACCGUUCCUGUAACAGUAUUGAAGUUAGUAUUUGAUUUCUGCACGUUUUUCAACAAAUAUAGUCAGUAAAUACAUAAUAAGGCAACGUUUUUUCAGUGCCACUUGGAAUUGUUUCAAAAUGGGCGUGGCAGCAAAACAACAACAAAACAACAAAGAAGCACUUCCGGUUUCUGGAUGUAGCUGUCAAACUCAUCACGCUUCUUGUUUGUUUGGCCGAUAAUCGCUUCAUCAGCAGCCCGUUUGCUGUUCGCCAACGACAAAUAACGGCAACGCAGGCCGUUAAUCGGUCGCCGCUUCUCUAGAGUGAUCGGCGAAGCGGUUCCAGACGUUGUUAUUGCUAGCUAGUGGGUCGCCGUAGCGGUGGUUUUGCUGAAGCCAGCUAGCUGUAGCUAAACUAGGCGCUGAUGCUUUUCUCGCAAACAGUGCUGCUUUGACGCAAACUUUAGGAUGAGCGACGGAGAGGUGGUGUUCCAUGAAAAGCAACGCUUGGAGCUGUGCGCCAUCCACACACUCAACAACGUGCUGCAGGAGCGGGUGUUCACCAAGGAGACGGCCGAUGACAUCUGCAAACGGCUGGCCCCUCAGUGUUUGGUCAACCCUCACAGAUCCAUGCUGGGCACCGGAAACUAUGACGUCAACGUCAUCAUGGCCGCCCUGCACAGCAGGGAGCUGGCGGCCGUGUGGUGGGACAAACGCAGGGCGGUUGAGAGCAUUUGCAUCUCCAAGGUUCAGGGCUUCAUCCUGAACGUUCCUUCUCGUGUCUCGCUGGGGAUGGUUUCGCUGCCUCUGCGGCGGCGGCACUGGCUCGCCGUCCGCCAAGUCAACGGGCAGUACUACAACCUGGACUCCAAGCUGAAGAGCCCCGUGUGCAUCGGGGGUGAAGCAGAACUACGCGCUUUCCUCAGCGAGCAGCUCUCUCAGGACGUGGCAGAGAUGCUCCUGGUGGUGCGGCCGGACGUGGAAGAGGACGGCUCCUGGCUCAACCCCGCCCCCGCCACCAGUAACGGAGCCAACGGUACGGCGUGAGGUAAACGCUGAAAAAAGAAAGUCUUCAGGGACGUGGAGACACGAGGAGAGAACUCCAAAGAGAAGUGAAGAUCCGAUGAAGGGUUUAGGAAUCAUCACCAACAACCUCACCGCCAAAUGUGCACAAUCUUUGUGUGUCCUUUCCUUUUUCUAUACUACUGCUAACCUUCUAUGCACCACACUUCUAUUUGCUACCACUGGCUGUCUGUGUGUGUAUGUGAGCGUGCCGUGUGAACGUUGGACUUUCACAGUCUCUGCAAGUUCAAACUCUACAUUUUCUAGACGCUGUGUUGCCAUCAAUUGUUUUGUUUUCAGGCAAAAGAGAGCAGUACUCGUCUGCAACCAGCGGAGGCGCUAUCGGUGCAGGCUCGCUCAGUUUGUGGCACGAGAAUCGGAAACAGGAGUUCAGAACGUUCAGGGAGAUUCGCCCAUCUUUUUAAAAGGAUACAAUUGGAGAGAAAAAAAAAAGGUUCGGAAAUGGAGACUUUCUACUUGUGAAACUUUGCCAGUGAAUGUAAAACAAUAAAUCGGACAUUUGCACACUAAUAAUAAUAAUAAUAAUAAUAAUAAUAAUGCAGGGGCUCCCCGCGCAUUGGCCAUGAAGCAUUCACAGCCCCGCAAAUUCACGGCUGUUGGGACAAUUGUCUGUUUUUCCUCUCAGAAAAUCGAAUUCACCCCACACCUAAUCAUUUAUAGGCCUGUCACGAUAACAAAUGUCGCUGGUCCAUAAUUGUGCUACAGAUUAUCGGCGAUAUUCAAUAUCAUUAACAACAUUUUUUUGCAACCGUCAUUUUUUGAUUCAUAAUUGUCAUGAGUGGUGUAAUUCACAUUUAGUGGAGUGUACCCGUGCCUGUACGCUUGCUGAGUUGCAAGCUGUUGACAGUAAAAGACGUUGGAGAUCAAUUAGCCCAAUUAGCAUGUUGGCCAUACAGUCAGGAGAUCUGGACAAUCUGGGUUCGAAUCGCCGUUGGGCAUCUUUGUGUGGAGUUUGCAUGUUCUCCCUGUGUGUGGGUUUUCUCCGGGUACUCCGGUUUCCUCCCACAUUCCAAAAACAUGCAUGUUAGGUUAAUUGGUGACCGUAAAUUGUCCAUAGGUAUGAAUGUGAGUGUGAAUGCUUGUUUGACUAUAUGUGCCCUGCCAUUGGCUGGCCACCAGUCCAGGGUGUACCCCGCCUCUCGCCCGAAGUCAGCUGGGACAGGCUCCAGCAUACCCCUGCAACCCUAAUGAGGAUGAGUGCAGUAGAAAACGGAUGGAUGGAACCAUAUUGAAUGGUUGCAUUUCUUUUGCAAUGUAGCGAGUGACACUAUGAGCGCACACAGCUUUGCACCAUUUUGUUUAUAUUUACUUUGCCAACCAAACACCUCUGUAAGCGUUGACUGUCGGGACGAAGGCUCCGCCGCCCGAGGCACCUCAAUUGGUUGUUUUUUCCCCAGUUGAGAAAACUGUCCGUGUCGGUCACCUUGUUCGUUCUGUUUAAAACUGAAAUAUUCCCACACUGUGGUUGUUGCGUUCGCCAUAGAAACCAUUGCUUCUGUGCCUUCAUUCAUGUUAGCAUAAACUUGCUGCUAGCGCUCUGUAUCCACUCAGUAGGAGCACAAAGAGUCUGAAUGACAGGAGGGCCCACUCCCUCCAGUCAUUCCACUAUAGAACCAAUAUGGUUCUAUAGUGUGGUCAAGGGAGACAAACAUGAAACACACAUGCACAUUUAUCAAGGACGCUAAUCAUUCUAUUUAUUGAUUAUCGUGACAGGCCUAAUUAUGUAUAAAUACCUGAUAAUACAUGUCAAAAUGUACUACUAUUUCAAAAAAAGCCCACAAUUUUUACAUUUAUGUCCUCAUGCUUCACUGAUGAUGUAUUUUUGUUGUUGUUGUUGUUGUUUGUCAAGUGUUGAGAUUUCAUGAGAUGAGACGGUGAGUACAUUUAAUACUUUAAUAAAUCUUUCAUAGGUUCAAGGAGGCAUAAUGAAUCCAAACUAAUCAUUAAAACAGUCACUUUUAUUGCAAAUGUUGAUCCAAAAUUAGCAAAGCGGCAACAUCAAGCUAGCUGGAGGGUUUGUCGAGGUAGGAGUGAGCCGUGUAUCAAAUAUAGACAUUUUUCGGAGUGUGUCAAGUGCUCAUAAAGCGGGUAUCUACGGUAUGUGACAUCAGCUUGGAUGAUUUUUUUUCCAUGUUAGGUUGAAUUGUCCCUUGUUGCUAUGUACUACGUACUCGCCCGGAAAAGGGUGGCAUGCCAUCUCCGGGUCGGGGAUGAGAUCCUGCCACAAGUGGAGGAGUUUAAGUACGUUGGCGUCUUGGUCACGAGCGAGGGAAGGUUGGAACGUGAGCUCGGCAGGCGGAUUGGUGCGGUGUCUGCGGUGAUGUGGACUCUGCAUCGGAGCUGAGCCGAAAGGCAAAGCUCUCAAUUUUUAUCCUCACCUAUGGUCAUGAGCUUUGGGUAGUGACCGAAAGGAGGUCGCGGGUACAAGCGGCCGAAAUGAGUUUUCUCCAUAGAAACGCUGCUCCUCCACAUUAAGAGGAGCCAGAUGAGGUGGCUUGUGCACCUGGUCAGGAUGCCUCCCGGACGCCUCCCUGGGGAGGUUUUCAGGGCACGUCCGACCAGUAGGAGGCCCCGAGGAAGACCCAGGACACAUCUGAGGGACUGUGUCUCAGCUGGUGUGGGAACGCCUCGGGAGGAGCUGGACGAAGUGGCCGGGGAGCUCAGGCUGCUUCCCCCAUGACUUGACCUUGGAUAAGCGGUAGAAGAUGGAAUGAUGGAUGGAUGCUACGUAUAUCAUAGUCAAUGUGAAACUCCUGAACUCGCACACUAAAGGGUGGAAAUGAGGGGUGCACGAUAACUAUCAGGCCGAUAUGAGGGAAUUAUGACGGCAUACUGGUAAAUCUGAUAACAUUAAAAAUUGUUUCCAUAACCGAUCAUUAAAAAAAAUAUAUUCCAAUGAGGCAAGAUUAUCCAUACUGCGCUCCUCCCGCUCUAUACUCCGGUCCUCCCGACCUCCGUGGCGUCACACCGGCUGCUCGGAGCACGUGCCCGAAUACCGUGCACUUUGCUGGGCCACGCCAGGUGGCUCCUCCCGCUCCAUACUCUGGUUCUCCUGGUAGUAGUGAAGUGGUACUAGUCAUGUCAUGAUAUUUGAUUAGGACUAAUCAACGGGUACAGUUGGUCAAAUCCUAAUUUGUUCCAGUCCUUCUUACCUCCAUGGGUGCACAAGCUACACUUAAAUGUACAUUUUUAAAACGUAGAUAUAAAAAAAUGAUCGGUAGCAUAUCGGACUUGAGAAGCAUUAAGUUAUCGGUAUCGGUUUGAAAAAAAAAAAAGACUGUGCAUCUCUAGUGUAAAUGUGUCAAAACAUGCCCCCCCACCCCCAUGUUGUUUUUCUGACAAGUACACCACAAGGUGCCGCUGUUACUAAACCCCAUGAGUCGGGCUGACUUGAAAUUUCUCACGCAGCUUAAUGCGCUGCACAAAACACCCGCUGAUGAUAAAACUUUGAGGAUAUCAGUAUUACACGUAUGCUAGCACGUCUCAUUCUGACCACAGCCCGCAGGGGGCGCCACCAAUGUGACGUCAUAUGACCUAUUACGGUUGAAAAACAUGCAAAGACUGUGAUUGGAAGAUUGCAAGUGUACUGUUGUGUCCUGCUCGGGAUGGGCAUUCGUCACAUGGGGGUGCACUACUAUCUGCAGCCAGCAGAGGCGCCGUUUGAACUAGUUUACUGAGCUCCAUCCAUGUCUGCCCAUGAAAACACUGACAUGGAAACGGGGGUUGAGUACAUUCCUCAUUGAGUGGUCUAUGAAUGAAAUGAAGUAGAACGCCCAUCCCUAUGAAUCUAUGCAUAUCCAAGAAGAGUUUACUUGUGAUUUAUUCCACCUCUGAAGUGCAUGAUGGUGACACGUGUUUAUAUUAAACAUUUCUUUGUCUUCUUCAACUUGAUGUAGAGUGACUGGCAAACACACUGAUGUUAUUAGUUCUUUUUUAUUCAUAUUAGACUCUUGAGUGUAAAAGGAUGCCAUUGAAAAGGAGCAUUGAGAGUACAAACUCAAAGAACAAGGUGAGCAAGUAAGGAUGGGGAGGGAUUCAAUGAAAUCUCCAACAUAUACACAAAAACAUUGUAAACCCAAUGCUAUACAUGUACAUUGGUUAUUUCUUUUUUUUAAUUUAUUGCUGGUUACGGUAAGGCCAGGGCCGCACCGUUAGCAAGUCAUAUUGCUAUGUACCUACCGUUGCAUGGGAUAAAUUCUUUUUGGGUUCUCCAUCGGAUCAGUACGGGUGCUUUUACAUCCAUAGUUCAAAACAUGCCUAAAUGUGUCACAGCAAACCACACCAGUGGAUAUUCUCAAUCCAGGUCAGACUACCAAAGCAACCAGAACAGUCCAGUCUUAAAGUCUAGGACUACGUAAACAAACAGAACAGUCCAGUCUUAGACACUAGUCUUAGUAAGACUACCUAAGACAACCCGAAUAGUCCAGUCUUAAAGUCUAAGAGUGUAUAAACAACCAGAACAAUCCAGUUUUAGACUCUUAAGAAAACCUCACCAACCAUAACAAUCCAGUCUUAAAGUCCUAAGACAACCCAAACAGUCCAGUCUUAGACUCUUAAGUCUACCUAAACAACCACAACAGUCCAGUCUUAAAGUCUUAGGACAACCUAAGACAACCAGAACAGUGCAGUCUUAAGACUCUAAGACAACCCAAAAGUCCAGUCUUAGAGUCUGACUACCCAAGAAACCAGAACAGUCCAGUCUUAAGACUACCCAUGAAACCAGAACAGUCCAGUCUUAGAGUCUUAAGACUACCCAAGAAACCAGAACAGUCCAGUCUUAAAGCCUAAGACUACAUAAACAACCAGAACAGUCCAGUCUUAGUCUAAGAUUACAUAAAACAACCAAGAACAGUCCAGUCUUAGUCUAAGAUUACAUAAAACAACCAAGAACAGUCCAGUCUUAAAGUCAAAGACUGCCCAAGACAACCCGAACAGUCCAGUUGCCAUCGAGUCAAUGCCCUGAGAACACAUGACUUCCAUCUCUUCUCUUACUGGUCGGCAGUGGGCGACAGAGUAGACAGGAGGGAUUGCUGUCAGAUUUCUUUAUUUUAGCAUUUUUGCUGUCAGAGUAGUGAGUUUAAAAGCACCAAUGAACCAUCUAAGCAGACUAAACCAGCAAAAAUGCACUUUACUUAAAAGAUGACGCUAUUUAGUCAUUUGGGGGCCCAAGGAAAACCCAGCCAUUGGGGCCCUCCAUAUCCUUAUACUGCACUGACAAAAGUUUAUUGAUUUAUUUAUUUACUAUUUUUACAAAAGGUGAGUACAGUGGAACCUUGGUUAGUGUCAUUAAUUCAUCCCAGAAGGUCCAACUCGAACCGAAACAGAUGUUACAUCAAAUUCCCCGAUAAGAAAUCAUAUAAAUCCAAUUCAUCUGUUCCAGAGAGCCAAAAAUGUAAAUACACAACACAUUUUUAUAGUUUGACAAGCAUAAAACAAUUGUAAAUGCGUAUAAAUGAUAAAUGAAAGGGAUAAAAGAACAUUUAAGUCAGUUUUAUCUUUAUUGAAGAUGUGAUUGUCGACGUGAUUGAAAACAGGAAGGUGGUGAUGGUUGAUCCUGCUGCCACAUCGUGUCUUUGGGAACAAUCGCGUAAGCAUAAAAGUAAGCUUAAAAUGUUCAUUUUUCCCUCUUAUUCAUCAUGUAGAUGCAUUUCACAUUGUUUAUGUACGUAAAACUAUCAUUCUAAAAGUACAAAAACGUGUGUGCGUUCACAUUUUCGAGUCAACUGCUGGUGACAUCAUAGGCAGACGACGUAACUUCCGCUUCCGGUUGCCAUUUUGUUUAGCUAGCUAAUAGGAUGCUAACAAAGAGGGACGUUUUGUGAUAAAAAUAGAUUGAUAAAUAUGUAUAUAUAAAAAAUAUACAAAGUAAAAAAAAAAACAUUAAA